AUGGCAAACAUAGCGGUAAAUGUUGAUGAGUAUAGAGGAGUGGCCACACAGGGUCGUAAUUUUGCGGGCAAAGUGGCCAUGGUCACCGGAUCGAGUUCGGGCAUUGGCUCUGGUAUUGUCAAACUACUGUCCGCAUUGGGCGCCCACGUCGUGGUCACCGGUAGGGAUGUGUCGCGGAUUCAUAGCGUGGCCGAAGAGUGUCAACAAUUGUCACCUAAAAAGCUAAAGCCGUUGGAAGUGGUGGCAGAUUUAGUUAAACAAGAUGAUAUAAAAAACUUGAUCGCCACCACAAUCACCACGUUUAGCCGACUGGAUGUGUUGGUCAACUGUCCGGCACUGUUUCCCUUCACAGACAUAUGGGAUCCCAAUCUAAUCACACACUUUAACGAUGCCAUUGCGCUGAACGUGAGGGCUGUACUCGAGCUGACACAACUGGCCGUUCCGCACCUGGAGGCCAGUAAAGGCACAAUUAUUAACCUUUCAUCACUCGCUGGUAUAGAACCGACCCCAUUCUCCAUACCGUAUACACUGAGCAAAGCGGCCUUAGAUAUGCUGAGCCGUGUGCUGGCCAUACAGUUGGGCCCCAAAGGCAUACGAGUGAACACUGUUAACCCCGGUAUAACACAAGUGAGAGCCGAUAAGGACAAGUAUAUGGAGUUAACUGAACGCAUAGCACCGCUCAGACAAUACAAUCAGCCCCUGGAUGUGGCCAAAGCGGUGGCAUUCCUGGCCUCUACCGAUGCUCGCAAUAUAACCGGCAUUAAUCUGGUGGUCGACGGCGGAGUGAUCUAUAAUCUGGGACAGUUUAACAAUCCACAAUAUUUAGUUGAAUAA